GGGUCUGGUGUCAACGUUUAGCCAUCCUCAAGUUUUUCGGGGUUUUUUUGGACAACAAUCGCUGUUUGCGUUUUUUGAACUCAAAUAUGAAUUCUAAAAUAACAUUUCUAUUUGCCGUGUCUUGAAUGAAACAUUCAUUGGGUCGUUUAGUAAUUAUUUGGGCUUGUUUGUGUGGGAGCUAGUCCUGUUGUUGUUGGUGGUGAAGCAGCACAAAGUUGUCGAGCACGAGUGUCAUUUAACACCAUGUCUGCCAGGCAGCAUUGCUCGUGUUGCUCCCAUCCAGUCUCCUCUCCCAGUGUUUGCCAGACGCUGAAUGAAAUGGACUUUGAACGAGGUAUCUGGUCUGCUGCUAUGGAUGGGGACUUGGAGAGGGUGAAGUCUUUGGUCCAGAAGGGGACAGACCCUAACCUGAGAGACUCCGCUGGAUACACAGCUCUGCACUAUGGCAGUCGCAGUGGUCAUCUUGCUGUAUGCAAGUUUCUUCUUGAGAACGGUGCCUGUGCAUCUUCCCAGACACCAGGUGGUGCCACACCCCUCCAUCGAUCAGCUUACUGUGGUCAUCUGGACGUAGUUAGGCUCCUUCUGCAGCACAGAGCCGAUCCAGCGCUCUGUGACGAUGAUGGUGCCUCCCCUCUGCAUAAGGCUGCGGAACGGGGUCACGAAGAGGUGUGUCAGCUGCUUCUUGAGCAAUGUCCAGCACUCUGUAGCAAGGUGAACAACAGGCUGCAGCUACCCUACCAGCUGGCACAGCAGGGAGACCUGCAGGAACUCUUAAGACCACCGCGGUGAUGACAGACAAUCUGCAUCUGGGACAUUCUGUGUUUCUAUAAUCACGAGAGUGAUACCAGCUGAAAAAAUGCUAGGUGAUGUCUGUAUGUCAGGAUUACACUUGUCUUGACCUGGAUUCACCUCAUCUCUCUCCCAAAUGAGCAUGAAGAGUCACUGAAUGAAACAUGAAGUAAACAUGGCAGUACAUUUUCUUGCUUCAUAUGAUUAACACCAUCAUGUUUUGAAUUUCCAGUUUACUGCUUUUGGAAUAAUUACACCACCAAAGUUUCAGAAAAGUGUGGUUUAUUUGACAUUACUGUCAAAUAACAUCAGCAUGCAACUCUUAUUAGGUAACAAAUCAGAAAUAAUAAUUCCGAUAAAUUAGCCAAUGAUGGAACCUCUUCCCACAUCUGCCUUUGUGUUACGGGAAGAGAAAGUUACAUCUGAGGUACUGAGCUGGGCACUGAGAGCUGACAAGUGAUAAACAAAUGGACAGAUGUGACUGAUCAGCAGGAAGAACCAUGUGAACGCUCCCACCUCAUCAUGUAAUGUGACUGAAUAUUCAGGUAUUGAUAUUUUGAAGGUGCAUUAGGCUUUAAUGGGAAUUUGUUGAUAAUUUCUCUGUGGAAAAAUGACUUUGAUACAAGAGCAGAGCGUGCCUAUGAUUUAACUACUGACAGACAGACAGGGACAGCAUUUGAACAUUUGACAGUUGAAAAGGCUGACGCUUCUCUGAAAUGGCUGCACUCAAAGGUAUUAUGUGUAGAACUUGGAAUAAGCUGACAUUAAAAGAGCAGAAAGCAGAAUAAUAAUGCCAUCAGAAUACCUUGAAAGACACAGUUAUGACACAUAAAUUGUACACAAAUUGCAACAUUUUGAGUCAGAAAGCCCCUAGACAUCUUAGAUGCUCUAUUUAAGUGGUGCAGGGUGAUGGGUUGGAGGCGCAUACUAAAAUUAUGCACUGCUAUGCAGCAUAAAUGGUUGUUUUCUUUAAACAUGUGACAUGUUUGAUAUAGCAGUUUGUAAUAAAACUGGAGGCCAACA